AUGGUCAAGAUAUUCCAGCGCGGUCAGGAAGGGAUCCCGGCGAAGUUGAAGGAGCUUUCGUGCGAGUAUCCAUGCAGCCCCAUCACGGAGAUUGACCUCUCUGAAACACGCAUCGGCGCCGAGGGCGGCAAGGCUUUGGCAGAUGCGAUCAAAAGCAAUAGCACCGUCACAAAAAUUACCCUCGCGGGCAACCGCAUCGGAGCCGAGGGCUGUAAGGCUUUGGCAGAGACACUCAAAAGCAAUACCACGAUCACGAACAUUGACCUCUAUGACAACGACAUCGGCGACGAGGGCUGCAAGGCUUUGGCAGACGCGCUCAAAAGCAAUAGCACGAUCACGAACAUUGACCUCGCGCACAACGACAUGGGCGACCCGGGCUGUAAGGCUUUGGCAGACGCACUCAAAAGCAAUAGCACCAUCACGAACAUUACCCUCGCGGGCAACAGCAUCGCCGACGAGGGCUGUAAGGCUUUGGGAGACGGGCUUAAAAGCAAUAGCACGAUCACGGACAUUGACCUCGAAAGCAACGGCAUCGCCGACGAGGGCUGUAAGGCUUUGGGAGACGCACUCAAAAGCAAUGGCACGAUCAAGAACAUUGACCUCGAAAUCAACGACAUCGGCGACGAGGGCUGUAAGGCUUUGACAGACGCACUCAAAGGCAAGAGCACGAUCACGAACAUUUACAUCGAUGGCAACGACAGCAUCGGCGAAGAGACAUCUAAGGCUUUGGCAGACGCGCUCAAGACCAUCUGUGCUUUGACUAACGACGAGUAA